AAAGACAUGUCGGGAUCGGAUUUCUUCUCCACAAGGGAUUUUACAGCAGAGCCCUGCGACUUCGCCUGCGUGUAUUGUGAUGGAGACAGGGUCAUCACUUUGAAUCUCGAUGACCCGAGAGCCGGUUCGCCUGGUCUGACCGGACGCCUCAAUCCUGCAAUCGAAAAACUCUCCACUCUCGCCGAGUUCACCGUUAUCCCAAGUCGGAUCAUUGGCGCUCUGCCUGAAACUUUAUCUCAGUUGAACAACCUACGGUUUCUCGCCGUCAACAGGAAUUUCAUCUCCGGCGGGAUUCCGGCGACUCUAGGUCAGCUUCGUACUCUACGAACCCUCGAUCUCAAUUACAAUCAACUCAAUGGAAGUAUUCCUCAGUCGGUCGCAGGUCUACUGGCGUUGUCAAACGUCAUUCUCGGUCACAAUCGUCUCUUCGGUUCGGUCUCGACGUUCGUGUCACAAACUCUAACCCGCCUCAACCUCAAGCACAACGCACUCUCCGGUUCUCUUUCACCCACUUCACUCCCUUCUUCAAUACAGUACCUUUCAUUGUCUUGGAACCAAUUAAUCGGACCUGUGGAUCGGCUCUUAACCCGGCUUAACCAAUUGAACUAUUUGGACAUGAGCCUGAACUCGGUAACAUUCCCUUUCAUUGUCUUGGAAGAGGUGAUGAAGAUGAGUUCACGGGUAUUUUUUUUUUUUUUUUUCCUGGGUAUAUAGGUUAUUUUAAUACAAAACUAAGGGUUAAAAUGUCUUUGCAAAUAUAGUAAGGGCAAAUGUGGUAUUACAUGAUUAAAAAUAACUGAUGUCAUCAAAAAUCAUUAUUGACCGGCAUUGACUUUCACAGGAGGGGGCUAAGUGUUACGACGAAGCAAACCUCGAGGGAGGACAGU